CUCUGCUUACCCAAUUCAAUGGAUUUUUCAGUUACUGGGUUUCUGGUUUUAACCCUUUCUUCCUUCUUCAAAAUUCACUUUUCUCUCUCUUUCUCUCUCACCCUCUUUCUGUACGUUCGCGUGGAGCCGGCGAUAUUCGCUUGACAACUGGUCGCGACCUUCAGCUCUUUCGUUACCAUCUAUGUCGGCGAGUUUUUCAUCUCUUCCCGUUUCUUCAGGUUGUCAAAUUGCUCUCUUUUGUAUUCUUUAAACCUAAUGUUGUUCAUUGGCCGCGUUUCGGGAGCUAGAAUGUUUUGUUUAUGAUGGACUGAAGGAGUUCUUGUUUCUUUGUGGGAGUCGUUGAGCUGCUUGCUGUGCUGAUGGUUGGAUCCAAGGAUUUAUCUUGAAACAAUCGAGGCUGAGAGAAUCUGAAUUGCAGGGAUUUAGCAAAUCCCAGUGUUGUUUUUGCGGUAAAGUUUGAUCUUUAUGGUGUACUAUGGCUGUUGAGUUCGAUUUUUUCUCUGCUUGUUAGUAAUUGAAUCAUGGAUUCUUUGUUUUGCUUUUGACAAUCAGAAACUUGGUUUUUUGCACGAUUUGACUCUUGAUCUAUGGAAGCUCAAUUUGGAGAAAACUCUCGUCAUUUGUUUGGUCAAGUGUUGCCUGAGUUUAAAGCUCUUGGGAAGAAAAGCCUGGAAUGGGAUUUAAAUGAUUGGAAAUGGGAUGGAGACAUUUUCUCUGCUACACCAGUUAAUCCAUUGGGGUCUAACAGUUCAUCGUCAUCUGACGAUGUUAUUUUAUUAGGAGAUGUGAGAAGAACGAGGGAAUUGGAGAAGAGAAGAAGGGAUGUGAUCGUUAUAGAGGAAGAAGAAGAAGUAAACCAUGAAUCCGGGUCCCUUAAUUUAAACCUUGGAGUACAAGCAUACCCCAUAAUACAUCCUGUGACUGAAACACUUGAGGGAAAGAGCGGUAAGAAGAGCAAGAUAUUUCCCGGAAUUCCAAAUCCAAAUCGUGCUGUUUGUCAAGUGGAGGAUUGUAGAGCUGAUUUAAGCAAAGCCAAGGACUAUCAUCGAAGGCAUAAGGUUUGUGAAAUUCAUUCCAAGGCCGGUAGUGCUUUGGUGGGUAAUGUCUUGCAAAGGUUCUGUCAGCAGUGCAGCAGGUUUCAUGUCCUUCAAGAGUUCGAUGAAGGGAAGAGAAGUUGUCGUAGGCGUUUGGCUGGUCAUAAUAAGAGGAGGAGAAAGACACAUCCAGAAAAUGUUGUUAAUAAUGCAGGCACCUUGAAUGAUGAGCAAUGCAGUAGUUAUUUGCUUAUUAGUCUUCUGAGGAUACUAUCCAAUAUGCACCCUAAUAACUCAGAGGGAAUGAAAGACCAGGAUCUUCUUUCUCAUUUUCUAAGAAAUCUUUCAAGUCUCUCUAGCACAAUUAAUGGGAGGGACAUAGCUGGUUUGCUUUCUAGUUCUCAAAGUCUUCAACAAGUCGGAACAUCUGGAAAUCAACAUAAGGAACUUCUGCCUGGUGGAAAUUGUGGAACUAGAGAUGUAUCAACAUCUCGAGGCAUAGAGAAGUUGGAUGAACCUCUCACAUUACCAACUCCAUAUCAUACAAAUGAUGGCAUUCCACCCAAAUUGAGGAUAUCAGAUGCUAGUGGUGGUCAAACGGGGUUGAAUAACUUUGACUUGAAUAGUGCUUAUGAUGAUUCUGAUUGCUGUGAAGAAAACAUGGAGACUUCUUUGGCUCCAGUUAGUACUGCAACAGGAUUCCUUGGCCCAUGGCAACACCAUGAGAGUCUCAAGUCGAGCCCACCUCAGACGAGUAGAAAUUCUGAUUCAACAUUGAGCCAAUCACCUUCUAGUUCUAGUGGGGAGGCACAGAGCCGAACAGAUCGAAUUGUGUUUAAACUUUUUGGAAAAGAUCCAAGCAAUUUACCUCCUGUAUUGAGAAAACAGAUCCUUGAUUGGUUGCCAAACAGUCCUACUGACAUUGAGAGCUAUAUAAGACCUGGGUGUAUCAUCUUAACUAUAUAUCUUCGGUUGAGUAAAUCUACUUGGGAAGAGCUCUCCUCCGAUCUGGGCUCCAGUUUGCUUAAACUACUUAAUGUUUCCAACAAUUCAUUCUGGAAUUCUGGCUGGGUGUAUACAAUGGUGCAGCAUCAUGUGGCAUUUAUGUACAAUGGGAAUGUGGUUUUAGACACACCUCUACCUUGUAGAAGCCAUAGCAGAAUCUUGAGUGUUAAGCCAAUCGCCGUCACUCUUUCAGAGAGAGCUCAAUUCUUUAUCAAAGGUUUAAACUUGUCUCAUUCCACUUUGAGGAUACUUUGUGCUCUCGAAGGGAAAUAUCUGGUGGAAGAAAAUUGUUCUGAUGUGUUGGAGGAAGACGAUGGGUUCAAUAGUGGUAAUGAAGUCCAAAUCAUUAGCUUUUCUUGUUCUAUGCCAAAUAUGGUUGGGAGAGGAUUCAUUGAGGUUGAGGACCAUGGCCUAAGUAACAGCUUCUUUCCAUUCAUUGUGGCGGAGCAGGACAUAUGUUCUGAAAUUUGUAUGCUUGAAAAAGAAAUGGAAUUGAUAGGCACUUCAGAUGACAUUCAACAAGAUAGAGCAGAAACCAAGAAUCAAGCAGUGGAUUUCAUACAUGAAAUUGGUUGGCUUCUUCACCGGAGCAAUUUAAGGCAUAGGAUGGGCACCAACUUUGACCAGAAUCAAGACCUCUUCCCUUUCAAACGCUUCAGAUGGAUAAUGGAGUUCUCAAUCGAUCAUGGCUGGUGUGCAGUAGUUAACAAACUUCUAGAGAUUAUUUUCAAUGGUUGCGUUGAUUCAGGAGACCAUUCUUCAAUCGAACUUGCAGUGUCUGCUAUGACUAUCCUGCACAGAGCUGUGAUUCAGAAUUGCAGAGCCAUGGUGGAAUUGCUGUUGAGAUAUAAGCAAGAAGUGGAUGGAAUCAGAAAGUUCUUAUUCAGACCUGACACUAUUGGUCCUGGAGGUUUGACACCUCUUCAUGUUGCAGCCAGCAGAAGUGGUUCAGAGAGCGUCUUAGAUGCAUUAACCGACGAUCCUGGAUCGGUGGGAAUAGAAGCAUGGAAGGGGGUUCGCGACAACACAGGAUUAACUCCAAAUGAAUAUGCAAGCCUCCGAGGCUACUAUUCCUACAUCCAUCUGAUCCAAAAGAAAUCCAAUAAGACAAUGAAGACAGCCAGUGGAUAUCAUCAUGUAGCUUUGGAUAUUCCCUACAUACCUGCUAAGAUCGUUGCUAGUUUUGACAUUGAGAAGAAAAGCAGAAAGGAGGAGAAGCAGAUGACUGGUCAAAAGCUAAACUGCGGGCGUUGCGAGCAGAAGCUAAUGACAUAUGGAAGGAAAGGAAGUUCUCUGUCACUGUAUAGACCGGCAAUGCUGUCAAUGGUCGCUGUAGCCGCAGUUUGUGUUUGUGUGGCUCUGUUCUUCAAGAGCUGUCCUGAGGUUCUAUAUGUUUUUAAGCCUUUCAGGUGGGAACAACUCAAGUAUGGCUCAAUCUAAGUUUAAGUUUGAGCUUAGUUUUUCCAUCAUUAUUAUUAUUUUUACUUUUUUUUUGGUGGGAGGCAUAAUUCUGUGGUAAAUAAAGACAUGGGGUGAUAGUUAACAAAUAGAUAAUAAUAAUGAUAAUAAUAUAUUUACAUAUUGUCCAGAAAUCCUUAUUGUGGUUAUCUUGUAGUUAUUUUAAGAUUUGUACAAGUUUAGAUUCUUAUAAUUAUCAUUCUAAUCAAAUAUUAUUUAUUAAGGUUUUACAUAA